AUGUUCGGCAAGAAGUACUAUGGCCUUACAGGCACUAAACUGAACAUUGCAGUCGGUGUUAUCGCCGGUCUCGAUUUUCUGCUCUUCGGUUAUGAUCAAGGUGUCAUGGGCGGUCUGCUCACCCUUAAAUCUUUUACUAGGACCUUCCCCGAGAUCAACACACAAUCUCCUCCUCGUGGCCAAACUGCUUCGUACGUCUCCACCGUCCAGGGUAUCUCAAUCGCUUCUUACAACUUGGGAUGCUUUGUCGGUGCAUUAAUGACAAUCUGGAUUGGAGACUGGCUUGGACGCCGUAAGACGAUCUUCUUAGGAUCCGCAAUUAUGGUUAUUGGUGCUACACUCCAGACAUCUGCUUUCUCUCUCGGCCACUUGAUUGCAGGCAGAGUUAUUACUGGCGUCGGCAACGGUAUGAACACUUCAACGGUACCUUCAUGGCAGAGUGAAUGUUCCAAAUCACAUCGUCGUGGCCAGAUGGUCAUGAUUGAGGGUGCUUUGAUUACCGGCGGUGUUUGUAUGUCCUACUGGAUCGACUUUGGUUUCUCCUUCCUCGAACCCUCGACUGUUUCAUGGCGAUUCCCUAUUGCUCUCCAGAUCUUGUUCGCCCUCAUCAUCUUGAUGUUCAUUAUGGGUCUGCCAGAAUCACCUAGAUGGCUUAUCAUGAAGGGUCAAGAAGACGAAGCUCUGAACGUUCUCUGCGCCUUAAACGACAAGAACUCCGAAGACCCCUACAUCGUCAGCGAAUUCGCUGCCAUUAAGGACUCUGCGAUGAUUAUGCAACAAGGUGGCUUUAGAGAUCUCUUCACCAUGGACGAGGACCGCAACUUCCACCGUGUCGUUCUUGCCUACGUCAAUCAGAUGUUUCAGCAGAUCUCAGGCAUUAACCUUAUCACGUAUUACGCCGCAUCGAUUUACGAGACCAGCAUUGGCCUUUCGGGCUUCCUCUCUCGUAUCUUGGCUGCUGCCAACGGAACAGAGUACUUCCUCGCGUCUUGGAUUGCAGUUUUCACUAUCGAGAAGUUCGGUCGCCGCCAACUCAUGUUGUUUGGUGCUGCGGGACAGGCCGCUUCUAUGGCCAUCCUUGCUGGAACCACUUCGAGAACAUCCUCUGGUCUUGGUAUCACUGCCGCUGUCUUCCUCUUCGUUUUCAACACUUUCUUCGCCAUUGGUUGGCUCGGCAUGACUUGGCUCUACCCUGCUGAGAUUGUCCCUCUUCGUAUCAGAGCUCCUGCUAAUGCUCUGGCCACCUCUGCUAAUUGGAUUUUCAACUUCAUGGUCGUAAUGAUCACCCCUGUCGCCUUCGAGACCAUCGGGUAUCAAACAUACAUCAUUUUUGCUGUCAUUAACGCAUUCAUCGUCCCUUGCGUGUACUUUUUCUACCCUGAAACCCGCCUCCGCUCCCUCGAAGAAAUGGACGAAAUCUUCCGCAACACCACCUCCAUCUUCAACGUCGUCAGCGUCGCCCGCGACACACCCAAUCGCUACGGCAAGAACGGCGAACUCCUCAUCAACUACAUGGACACCGAAGCCGCUGCUGGCGCACGCCGCAGAAGUUCGCUUGUGGAGCCCAAGUAUGGUCACCAUUCCAAGGGUGGCAAGGGUGACGGCGAGCAAGUUGAGAGAUUGGAGAAUGGAUAUGGAUCUAGCUCUGCUGCUAGUGGUAAUGAGAAGGUUUAG